AUGAGCACGGCGGGCGGCGGCGGCGGCGCCCUCCGGUUGCCCGGGCUGCACGGCUACGCGGCGGAGUUCUCACCCUACUGGCCGGGGCGUGUGGCCUGCGCCGCUGCGCAGUACUACGGCAUCGCAGGUUGUGGAACUCUGGCAGUGCUGGAACAAAAUGAAGCUGGGAUUGUUCUGCUCAGGAGUUUUGACUGGAAUGAUGGCCUGUUUGAUGUGACCUGGAGUGAGAAUAAUGAACAUGUGUUGGUCACUUCUAGCGGAGAUGGAUCUCUGCAAAUCUGGGAUACAGCUAAAACCAAAGGUCCGCUGCAAGUCUACAAAGAGCACACUCAGGAGGCAUAUAGUGUUGACUGGAGCCAAACUAGAGGAGAGCAGCUAGUGGUGUCUGGUUCAUGGGAUCAAACAGCCAAGCUGUGGGAUCCAGCUGUGGGGAAGUCAUUAUGCACUUUUAAAGGCCAUGAAGGGGUCAUUUACAGCACUAUAUGGUCUCCACACAUCCCAGGUUGUUUUGCUUCUGCCUCAGGUGACCAGACUUUAAGAGUUUGGGACGUGAAAGCCCCAGGAGUCAAACUUGUGAUACCAGCCCACCAGGCUGAGAUCUUGAGCUGUGACUGGUGCAAAUAUGAUGAGAACUUGCUGGUAACUGGUGCAGUUGACUGUAGCUUGAAAGGCUGGGAUUUGCGGAACAUCCGGCAACCAGUGUUCAUCUUGCUUGGUCAUACCUAUGCUAUCAGAAGAGUAAAAUUUUCACCAUUCCAUCCAACUUUAUUGGCCUCUUGCUCCUAUGAUUUUACUGUGAGAUUCUGGGACUUUUCCAAGCCUAACCCUUUGCUGGAAACAGUCGAGCAUCAUACUGAAUUUACAUGUGGACUGGAUUUAAGCCUUCACAACCGUGGUCAGGUGGUGGACUGUGCUUGGGAUGAACUAGUCAAGAUCUAUACUCCGUCAUGUCUGGCAGUUCCUGUCUAGAGAAAAAGUGAAGAUGAUCUGACACAUCAGGAACCUUUCUCUCUUCCCCCGCAACCAGAAGACUUGUGCUAAAGUGUCAACUGUGUCACUAAUCCUAGUGUCUCUUUUUAAGUAAAACUCUGCUUGAAUGGAGUGUUGUGCACUUAAGCGUGUGGAGAUUUUAGGGCUUGGUUUACUGUACAGGUAGUACUUGAGCCAGAAAAAUGUUCAACAACUACUGAAUGGCCAAAGAGUGGUCAUAGCAGAGGUGAGCUGGUGUCUUUAGAGCAGAAUCACCAACACAAUUUUGUGAUCUGUCUGGCUGAUGAUGAGAGCAGAGGCCUGAAUCUUCUUGAUCCUUAUAAAGAAUAAAAGUAACUGGCAGUGUAUUUGGAGAUAAUGUCACUGUAGAAAAGAAAAGAAAAAAGCGGCUUUUCACUGUAAAGUACUGUAAUGUCAACUGAGGUUUGUAUCACUCAUGCAUUUAUAUUUAUAUGUUUUGCUGUCACUCACGUUGAUUUAUUUUCUUGUGCAAUAUGACGAAUACUCUUGAUAGACAGUAAAUGUCAUAGUUUAUAGCCAGCUGAUUCAUUUGACCUUUUUGAUUGCCGCUUCACAAAGAUGGUAAAGAUUAUUUUCAUACAUUUUUUCCAUUAGAUCUCCUUGAGUAAAACAGUUGAUGAAGUCAUGCAGAAAGAUACUCUGAUGAUAGAGAAAACGCUUAGGAAAAAAUGAAAUAUAUACAACACUAAUUGGAUCACAAUCCUCAAGAUUUAGAGGUAGGACAACCACCUCUUCUAUUAGACUUGUCUUCUAUUUUCACUUAGAAAGUUUUUCCAAGAGAUAGAAGAGGAAUGUGGCCAUAUAUUCAGUAUUUCUGGACCCCUGACAGCCUGGCCAAAGUGAGAGAUGAUGUCCAGACCAGUUGAACCUAUGUACAUGGAGAUUAACUGCAUGACAUACGCAUAGCAGAUCCAGUGUGGCCAAGCUAUUAUACUUACAAGAAUAUGCCCAACACGUUAUAGGUAUUUUGAGUACUUUGCAUGCCCACUUUGACUCCUCAGCCCACAUUUUCAUCUGAUUUUUUCUGGGGCAAGUAGAGAUGUUCAGUUUUUAUGCUUCUCCAGUCUCCUUUGAAUACUCUUUCAGGAUCCAACUGUGAUACUCCUGCAGUUCUCAUUGGUAUAUGUUAGGCUUCUCUCCUGGUUUCC